UUCCAGUAUUACACAGGCUUGUCACCAGACUUUACACAAUGGCAACCACCAAUGCACAACCUGUGUAUGGAGACGUCUCUCCACUACCAUCAGGACUAAAGACUGUGACUACUUUUCCAGAUUUCCUCAUGCUACUUGAAUUUGUAUUUGGUGGUCUAGUGUGGAUUUUGGUAGCUUCAUCUACAUUGUCUUCUGGUUCACUACUUCAAGGAUGGGUCAUGUUUGUUUCUGUGACUUUAUUUGUAUGUACGACCAUUCUUCUAAUCUUGUCCCUUGUGGGAGCUCACGGAGGAAGAUCUACAUGGACAACCCUGGAUGCCUUUUAUCAUUAUGCUGCUUCUUUGAUGUACCUCAGUGCAUCGGUGAUCCAGGCCGUUGCAACAAUUGUUGCAAAAAAUGAAGUGUUCACCACCAGGUUUUAUCAAGAGAACAUUGCAGCAGUGGUGUUUUCCUUUCUUGUCACACUGGUGUAUGUGAUCCACGCUGUGGCCUCACUAAUAAGAUGGAAGAGAUCGCCUUAAAUCAACAAAACCCACUGAAAAAAGUCAAAAGAUCCAAGAAGCAACGACAUGCAGUACUUGGAAAUGUUCUUUUAAAAGCACAGACUACACCUCAAUAAGAGUCUCCAACAUUUGCUGACAGCAUGUACUAUGUCCUGUACAUAUGUAGCAUAAACACAUUUACUUUGGGCUUUUAUUUUGGAAUUUACUGUCUUCUUAAAUCAAUGCAAUAAAACAGACACGUAAAAGAAAAAUGUUAUAUAACGUGCCACCAAUACAGUUUACUUUAGUAUAUAAA